CGCUUGCAAUUUUUAACACUUGUAGUCUUAAUUAUUAUAUUAACAUACUUGAGUUCUAUGAUAUUAGAACAUAUAUCUGAAAAUAUAUAAUAAAUAAGUAACAUAAUGCUAAUAAUGGUUCUAUAUGUAUACAUGUCAAAUAAACAUUGAUUGAAAAUCAAUGGAAACAUUUAUACAACAUUAAAAAGUAAUUAUUAAUUAUUAUACUAACAGAAGAAAUGAUUUCGAAGUAUAUAUUAUUAAUUGUCAUCAUUUCACAAAAUAUAGUUUAUUCGUUCAAUAUGUAUUUUGGAAGACCAUCUAUUCCAUACUUUUAUUCAAUGCCAAGAAAUAAUGUAUUUCAGAUCUUACAAGACAACUUUGGCAGUCUUUAUAAGAAACAAGACUUUCAAUGGAAUACACAGUAUCCAGGAAAUAGGUUAUUGCAACUGCCGCAAGUAUUUAAUCAUAAUAAUGAAGUGCAUAAAACACAACAAAGAUCUUAUGUGGAUAAGCGAUUCGAACCACAGGGUAAAUAUCCAAUGAAUCACCACAUUUUUAACGUUCAAGCACAGCAAGCCCUUCUCCAACGUCAUCAAUCAGAAAAACAAAAACAAUAUCAAGAAUAUUUAUUAAAGAAACGAGAAGAAAUUAAAAAACAACAAGAACAAGAAAAACUGAAAAAGGAACAAAUGCUCAAGAAAAAAAUUGCUCAACGUUCAAAGUUUCUACAACGGUUAUAUUAUGAUAAUUUACUACAUCGCGAGUAUGAUGAAAACGAACUUGAAAUGCAUCGAAAAAAUGCAGCCGAAACGUAAUAAACAAUAAAAUAAAUUAAGCAUAAUAGACACUAUAGCUAAUCAUGUAUAAUUUAAUGUAUGGAUUA